AUGGCGCCCCUGACAGAACUAGGGAGUUUGAGUGAAGGGGAUGCGCUUAUUACCAGCGUGGUGAACUGCCUGACCAGCUUCCUCUCUGGGUUCGUCAUCUUCACUGUCCUGGGCUACAUGGCUGAGAUGAGAGACAUCGACAUAGAAGAGGUGGCAAAGGACAAAGGUCCCAGCCUCCUCUUCAUCACUUACCCUGAGGCCAUCGCCAACAUGGUGGGCUCCACCUUCUUCUCCAUUGCUUUUUUCCUUAUGAUGAUCGCCUUGGGAUUAGACAGCACAUUUGGAGGCCUGGAAGCCAUCAUCACGGCUCUCGUGGAUGAAUAUCCCCAGACCUUAACUAAAAGGAGGGAGCUCUUGGUCCUGGUCCUGGUGGUCGGAUGCUUUCUGGGAUCACUUGCCACACUGACCCAAGGAGGUGCUUAUGUGAUCAAACUCCUGGAAGAAUUUGGUGCUAACUGCUCCGUCCUGGCUGUGGUGUUCCUGGAGGCGAUUGCUGUUUCUUGGUUUUAUGAUUGA